UCGGAGGAGGAAAGAAAGAAAAAAAAAAACUACUUUGUCUACACGCAUGCUCAGACGUUUGCGCGCGCCGGAACUCAAAACACCGGAAGCGAGCGGUUGCUCUUGACCUCACGGCGGCGCCUUGUUUGUCGGUAAGAAGCGCGGGUAAAGUAAGUGCGCGCGCGCGGCAGCCUGUAACCGAGGGAAAUUUGUGCCGAAAUUCAAGGCAGCAAAAAUAAACAUUCGUGUGUCAUGCAGCGCAGCAUCGCGUCGUUCUUUCAACCCAUGAAAGAAAAGGAGAAGGAGGGACGAAAAACUGAUGGACAGAAUAAAGAGAGGACAGAACUAGUUAAAUCGCCACUAAAACCUCAAAAUGGGCUGCAGGAAUGUGACUCGCCUGUAAAGAAAGUCACAAAGCGCUGCCGGCAAAUCAUAGACAGCGAUGAUGAUGAACAGCCUGUUGUGAAGGAGCAGGCAGCCAAUCAAGCUUGUUCUCUCACUCCUGGAAAGCAGACAGUAGGGAAGACACCUGCAUUUGCAUCUCCUAUAGCUGCUCCAGGUUCUUCACCUGUUCCCUCUACACCAGUUACUCCAGCUUCCUCAGGUACUCCAGAUAGUCCUGCCACCUCAGUAUCCCCAGGCACCCCGUCCUCCAUCUCCCCUUCAGGAAUCCUGAAGCGCAAGACUGCCAGAAAGCGUUUUCCGAAAAGAAAGCUGGACAGUGGAUGUACCAGUGAGGAGGGAACAGAACCGGAAGGAAACCAAGCAAAGAGGUCCCGGACAGAGCAAGUUCCAGAAGUGUCAGAUCAUGAGACUGAAGCUGCAGAAGAGGACCAGAAAGAUAUUGCUGAUCCAAACGAAAGCAUGGAAGUACAGGAGCAUAAGGAGGAGCAGGUGGUUGGAACAAUGGAGGGAAAGGUUAAAGAGAAAGAAAAAAAUACUGAAAAGGUUGAAGAGGAUCAGAGUCCUCCAAAAGUGACAAAGCAGGAAGGCAAAGCAGACUCUGAGAAGAAAAAGCCCAUAAGCAGUUUCUUUGCACCAAGGAAAGCAGCAGCAAAACUGGAAAAAUCAGAGGAGACUGUGAAUGGCGAAGGAGAGAAACAGCUGGGUGCAACAAAAGAGAAGGCAGCGGGGAAUGAGAAAGGGACAGUGAGAAGUGGAAAGGCUGGAAUUUUGAGCCAGACUGAGUAUGAUCCAUCCAGGCCCAACUACCAUCCUGUGGAGCAUGCCUGCUGGAGUCAGGGUCAAAGGGUGCCCUAUCUGGCUGUUGCUCGUACGUUUGAGAAAAUAGAGGAGGAAAUGGGCAGGUUGAAGAACAUAGAGACCCUGUCAAACCUGCUGCGUUCCGUGGUGGCGCUCUCUCCAGAUGACCUGCUCUGUUGCAUAUACCUGUGUCUGAACCAGUUGGGUCCUGCUUACUUGGGAAUGGAGCUCGGAGUUGGGGAAACUGUGCUGAUGAAGGCUGUUGCCCAGGCAACCGGGCGACAGUUGGACAAAAUCAAGGCAGAGGCUCAGGAGAAAGGGGACCUGGGAUUGGUGGCCGAGAGCUCACGUAGCAACCAGAGAAUGAUGUUUACCCCGGCCAAUCUGACAGCGGCUGGUGUGUUCAGCAAGCUCAAGGACAUAGCCAACAUGAGUGGAAAUGCUUCUAUGAAUAAAAAAAUUGACAUCAUCAAAGGCCUGUUUGUGGCCUGCAGACACUCUGAAGCCCGAUACAUCGUGAGGUCUCUGGCUGGGAAGCUGCGGAUUGGUCUGGCAGAGCAGAGCGUACUGGCGGCCUUGGCGCAAGCAGUGUGCCUGACCCCUCCAGGGCAAGAGUUUCCUCUGCAGGUGAUUGAUGCUGGAAAGAGCAUGAGCUCAGAGACCCGCAGGACCUGGCUUGAGAAAAAGACCCUCAUUCUAAAGCAGACAUACUGUGAGAUGCCGAGCUAUGAUGUCAUUGUUCCAGUCCUGCUGAAGGAGGGAAUUGAUGAACUACCUCAGCACUGCAAGCUCACGCCAGGAGUCCCCCUGAGGCCCAUGCUGGCUCACCCCACUAAGGGUGUGUCUGAGGUGAUGAAGCGGUUUGACGAAGCUGCGUUUACCUGCGAAUACAAGUAUGAUGGAGAGAGAGCACAGAUCCAUAUUCUGGAGAAUGGGGAGGUUCGCAUCUUCAGCCGCAAUCAGGAGGACAACACGACUAAAUAUCCAGACAUCAUCACUCGUGUACCACAAGUAAAAAAGGCUUCUGUGCGCUCCUGUGUGCUUGACUCGGAGGCAGUGGCCUGGGACAGGGAGAAGAAGCAGAUCCAGCCCUUUCAGGUGCUAACGACACGGAAGAGAAAGGAUGUGGAUGCGUCUGACAUCAAGGUGCAGGUCUGUGUCUAUGCCUUUGACCUGCUUUACCUGAAUGGAGAGUCUCUGGUCAGAGAGCCCCUCUCCUGGCGUAGGGCCUUGUUGAGAGAGAGCUUUGAGGAGCGUGAGGGGGAGUUUAUGUUUGCCCGCUCGCUUGACUCAGACAACACGGACACUAUUGCCGAGUUCCUUGAGCAGUCUGUUCGAGACUCUUGUGAGGGUCUUAUGGUGAAGACCUUAGAGAAGGAUGCCACCUAUGAAAUCGCUAAGCGCUCACACAACUGGCUCAAGCUGAAAAAGGACUACCUGGAUGGGGUAGGGGACACCGUGGACCUGUGUGUGAUUGGUGCCUACCUGGGCAAGGGCAAGAGGGCGGGGUCAUAUGGGGGUUACCUGUUAGCCUGCUACGACGAGGAGAACGAGGAGUACCAGUCUGUGUGCAAGAUUGGAACAGGCUUUAAGGAUGAGGAUUUGGAGCAGCAUUUUAAUUUCUUCAAGGAACAUGUGUUGCAGAAGCUCCGUCCGUACUACCGCGUUGACCAAUCAGCUGAGCCUGACGUGUGGUUGGAGGCGGUACAAGUGUGGGAAGUGAAGUGUGCUGACCUGUCACUCUCUCCAGUUCACAAAGCUGCCAUGGGAUUGGUGGAACCAGACAAGGGCAUCUCCCUACGGUUCCCUCGUUUCCUCAGAAUCAGAGAUGACAAGAAACCAGAAGAUUCCACGACAGGAGCACAGAUUGCAGAUCUGUACCGGAAACAGCAGCAGAUCCAGAACCAGGGAGCUGCCGAUAGAGCCGACCCAGAGGACUACUACUGAGCCCCCUGUGCUCAAGGGCUCCUUGGCUUUGGACAGCUAUGUAUCAUAACAGCCAGUUACCCAUCCAGUAGGUUUAGUUUUACUUAUAUUAGUAGUACAAGUAUUGGUACUACGAUGGAUCUUUCGCUUAUGUCUGGGAGUUGCA